AUUGAUUGAGAACGUUGUACAUACUAAACAAGUGGGCAGACUUCAAACCAUAUCGAAGGAGCUUCAGAAAGCUGGGGACCUCGGCGCAGGGGCAGCCAUAGGUCUCCACGGCCAAGGGGAAGAAGCCAACAUAAGGUGCGCGGUUACGGUAGUGAUCAAUCUUCUUAUCGGCCUGUUCCCGGGCCAUAUAUCCCCGCCCCUUGCGUGCGUGCGGGUCCCGGGUGCUGAUGGGGUCCGUGACAGUGACGUCACAGAUCCAGACGGCACCGGAGUCUCUGUCGCGCAUGGCGAGGUCGGCCUUAUGGCCGUCCACCGGGCUGUAGGUAGUGGUCUCCUUGGUAACGAUGAACCCGGCAUCUCGCGCCAUACGAAUGCACUCAUCGCGGAGUGCGUUGUGGGUGUCUGUCCGGCCAUGUCCCGUGCCGCAGCGGAAGAGGUGGUUGGGCAGCCGGGGGUCAGGGAUCUCAGUCUCGUCUGCGCAGUUGCAGUUGCGUGGGGCUGGGAAAGGGAGGCCGAGGCGGAAGGCGAGGGCGAUGGCAAAGUGCGGUGGUCCGAGGCGGAGAGAGGGGAAGAUGGGGAUGGCAUGGAUCCAAUCCCCUGCCCCGUAGCCUGCAAGGGAGAACAGACGCUGGGUGUGGCCGGAGCUGGGGUUCAGCUCCAUCCCGCGGGACGCUGCCACCUGGUCCGCAUAUCGGGCGGCGUGGACUUCUAGGGAGAGCCGGUGCUGGAGGGGGUUUCCGGAUGGUUCCUGGCGUUCGGAGCGCAGGAGCUCUAGUGCAUGGGUAGGCAUGGCUGCCUCACACCCCGCCAGCCAGGCUAGACAGAGGACGUCGGGGUGGGCGACAGCUGUUGAUUGGAGCGCGGGGUGGAUGGCUGCGGCGAAGAGCAGGGGGCCCAUGGGGUCCCCUUGUCGAACGCCCCGUGCACUCUGGAGUGGGGGGCUGGCGAAACCGUCAUCGAGGUAGAGGAGCGAGGGGGAGCCGUAGGAGAAACGGAUAAACGGUAACAGCGAACGAAGGGGCGAGGCGUCGAUAGCGGUGAUGAUUGCCCCUCGCUCAACGCUGUUAAACGCGUUAGUGAGGUCCACUUGGACGAUCACAGAGCUGGGACGAGCGGAGGUGAAAGCCCGAGUGGCGUGGAUGAUUGCCUCCCCGCCGCUCCGAAUUGCGACGCCGAACUGAAGUGGCAGAAAGUAUUCUUGUGCGGGCUGAGUUGUUGAGAUGAGGGCUGCUUUGGCGGUAAGGCGAUGGAGGCAUUCGCCGAUGGCGAUGGGGCGUGUUCCGCCAUCGGGUUUGCGAAGGGCCAGCAGACGUGACGCGGUUAACAGCCCGCUGACCUCCUGGGGCAGGUUACCGGCGAGGAGCAGCUGCACAAUUUCGUGUAGGAGCUUAGCGACGUGCGGAUUGGUGAGCGAGGCGUCCCGCAGGUGUUCGAACGUCAUCCCCGAAGGACCGGCGCCCACCCCAUUUUCGCUACGCGAAAGUAGGCGAAUGAAAUGGGCGAAGUCGAGCGUCGGUGGGUUGACGUCGUCCAGAGAGGGCCACGUGAGGUCCUCGGUCAACGGCCUCGGGUGUUUGGACUUCAGCGAGUCAAGAACCUCUGGGGUUGACUCGCUGACUGGGGUUGACUGGAGUGCCAGCAGGGCUCGGCGAAGGCUGCCUCUUCGCACCAGCCCCUCAGCUCGGGAGAUUUUCCCGAGGUCGUCACGAACGUGGCGAGGGGGUGCGGGCAAUGCGACAGCAGCAGCUGCUGACUGGUAGAGGGCGUCCCACUGGCCCGCGAGGAACUGCCGUAGACGAAUCUCCAUCGCUGGCCAGUCCGGGCGUUUGGGCGAUGACAUGCGAAGAGUUAGGCGGGGGAGAAAUAGUAACAACCGCCAGCCCCCGAUUGAGGUUGGAUUUUUCGCGAGAAAAAGGAGGGGCGUCAGCAGGGCUAACGCGAACAGCUGGCGAAUAGUGGGGGGUAGUCGCCUUGAAAGAGGGGGCUGGCGACUGUCGCACAACACCGCAAUAUCCCAGCUGGCUAAUUGGGCAAAUCGUGA